UAGCAUCCCGAGCCACACCAACCGAGCAUUUGGGUUGCAGAACGGUGCGCGCAUUUGUCGGUGGAGUUGGCAUGGGUCUGGCGAAUUCUAUGGCGCACUCCGCAGAUGUGGCUCCUAGCUAAUGCACGAUCCGCGGGCCUCUAAACCUCUUUCGAAAAGUCGCGACUCAAUGUCCGAGCUUGUGCUGAUCCAUGUCUUUAGCGCGACCGAUACACUACGAGACUCAUCGCUCUCAGACGAACCCUCCACCGCAAAUGACGGCCUCCAACAAUCCUCAACCGCCUGCGCCCUAUAGCUUCGAUGCUGCGCGCAACUCUUCGCUGAACCGCGCCAGUCCCCCGGCCUCCUAUGGCCCGUCUCACGACCCUCCACCUCCACCAUCCUUCGCGCGACCCCAAAUGCCUCCCCCAUCCUCUCCCACGCAGCAGCAUCUUCAUGCAUCCCAGUCACAGCGUCCACAGUACACCUCCAACUUUGGCGCCAACAGAGAGCUUCCUGGCUUAGGGCAGGCGUUGCGACCGGGAAGCAGCAUGUCCAUCUCCUCUCUCAUCGGCGGCGGGGGUGACACAGGGGCCCUUAAUCAAACAACACAACCACAGCCCUCACCUCCCACCAACGCCUCAUCCGCCAACGGUCACAGCAUGCAGCCACCUUCGCCCCGGCGUGCCUUGCCAGCUGGCGCACGAUCAGAUUUCCCCCCGUUCCGUCGCCAGUCCACUCCAGAGCGCAGCAUGUACGCUAGCAAUACUUCGCGCUCAUCUGAGGGACACGCCUUUUCGGCUGGCUCACCCAGACAGUCCUACAGCAACCAAGGUUCGCCUGACCCAGGCCGCCAGUCGCUACCGCCAAAUGCGCAAUCCUACAAGCCGUUGAAUUUCCCUGGCCAUCGUCCAUAUGCGCACGAUGUAGGGCGCCAGCCGUCUGGAAACGUCCCAUCUCGACCGAACAGCCAGCCCAUGGGUCCCCAAGGAAACACUGAACAAGAGGGGAGGUCCAUGUACGAUGGAUUUGCAGGUCGGCGCAGCGCUUUUGGACCACCUGAGGAGCGACGACGCACACUGGGCGAGUCGCAUCACGCAAGGCCCAACGCUGCAGAGCUCCUAGCGGGCACAAAUCACAGCGCGUCCGAGAGAGAUCGGCCCGUGACUGUGCACCCUGUGUCGCAAUCUGGCUUCAGUCCCCCUCAACCACAACGCAAUAUCUCUGGCUCAUCAGAACCUCCGCGCAGUCUUUGGCGUCAAUCAGCGCCCACCGGUGCUGCUCGCGAGCCUCCCCAGGAUAGUCGCGCAGAGGAGCCUCCACCGAUGCAUCGCACUUACGGCCCAUACCCUCCGCACAUGCUAGGUGGCCCUCGCUAUGGCCCACCAAGCUCCGAGGAAAUGCUGCGACGCAGUGUAGACCAGCUGGGCCACCGCGUUGUGGAGCAGUAUCACGCUCCUCCUACCUCCGAUCCCAACUCUGAGCGACAUAGGACUGAGCCACUCGCGCGCUCUUUGUCAUCCCGAUCCCUAUACGACCAGCCUCCCAAGAUGGGUGAAGCCAUGCAACACUCCAAAUCACACAUUGGCUUUGGCUUGGAAGCAAGCAGACGGACUGGCAGAGCGUCCCCACUACCACAAGCUGUUCAAGGUGCCCAGGCGCAGCCCUUGUCAAUUGGCAAAGAUCCUGGUAUCAAAAGCGAAUUCGGACGCAUGUUCUCCGGCCUCGGCAGCGGCUUAGGAUCGUCGACUCCGUCGCGGGGAAGUCCCAUGCCACAAAACGGUCAGGGCUCAUUUGAGUCGGACAACGGCGAAAUGAUGAGAAGGAUCGGCUCUCAGCAAGGCAGAAAGCCGCCGAAACGAGUCAAGGACGAGGAAGGCAUUUUCGACAUGGAGAACGCUGACGGCAGAGGAACACCUGGCGCUCGUGGGGCUAAGCGGAACAAACACCACCAUCAUCAUCACCACCAUCAUCACCACCACAAGCCUGACGAGGACGCGUCCAUGCCACCAGCCUCAACUUCGAUUAACGGGCGACAAGCGAGCUUACCACAAGCCGGCCCAGGCCAGUCGGUUCAUCACCACCAUCAUAUUGGAGCAAAUCCACAUCACCAUCACCACCACCACGCCCCCCGAGUUGCCCACCAGCCGCCGCAACAAGUCACGAAGGUCCUCACUAAGGUCCACGACGUGCAACCUAUUCUUGAGGAAGCUGCUAAGCGUCCUCGUAAGCAUCUUGGAUCGCAAUUGUACGAAGCAAAGACAGAACUGCCAAAACCCAACUCGUCGCUAGACGAUCAAUUCGGAUAUGCCUCGAAACCCCAACGUCUGCCUCGCUUCGAUGUCAACCCCAUCAACUGCACUUUUACCAUCAGGGUACCUCGAUACUACCUAAAACCACGACAACGCCAGCAUGUUGUGUUGGAGAGACAUCUUUGGGGUGCGCGUGUGUAUCGCGAUGAUUCAGACCCUAUUGCUGCAGCGAUCCAUUCUGGGUGGAUACGUGGCGAAUGGGAUGAUACCGUUGAUGUUGCUAUGCUCGAUCCACGCAUCACCGCGCCCAACGACCCAACCGAUGCUGCUGACGUUCUGAUCAAGACCCCGGCCGCUCCUGUGACGCCGCCUGCCGACAUGGACCUGCAGAUUGAGAUACUCAUCCUUCCGCAACUCCAAGAAUACACCGGGUCCGUCGAGUAUGGCAUUUCGAGCAGGAAGAGCAAAGCUCACGAAGGUCUCAGCUUUAUGAUCAACAAGAUCCGAUGGGUUGAAGAAGGCAUUGGUAGCAGGGGACAGGAAAGGACAGCAGCAGCAUUAAAACGACGGCUCGAUGCUAGUGCGACUCUCCUUGCUUUGCAGAGUGGAAUCGACGACGCUCACCGGGUCAACGGAAUGGCCAAACUAUAUGCUUGAUAUUUAGCUGGCCUCAUCAGAGUCCAUGACACAUAACGGCCGUCUGGA